AUGGUGGCUGCCUCAGAUUGUAGUGCAGUACACUUUUCUGUUGACAUUUUGGAAAGUCCCUCCAGAGCUGUGGCCUUUCCUUAUCAGAAAUGGAACUGUUCUUUGUCUCCAUCUCUGCCAGGAAGCUGCAAAGAAGUGAUGCAGAGGUAUGGUACUGCAUGUGAUGGCCUAUAUUUCCUUCACACCAAGGAGGGUGUCAUCUACCGGACCUUCUGUGGCAUGGCCACUGCGGGUGGAGGCUGGACCCUGGUGGCCAGUGUGCAUGAGAACAGCAUGCAUGGGAACUGUAUGGUGGGUGAUCGCUGGUCCAGUCAACAGGGAAACAGAGCAGACUACCCUGAGGGUGACGGCAACUGGGCCAACUACAACAACUUUGGGUCUGCAGAAGCAGCCACAAGUGAUGACUACAAGAACCCUGGCUACUAUGAUAUCCAGGCCCUGGACCUGGACAUCUGGCAUGUGCCCAACAAUAGCCCCAUGGAGAACUGGAAGAAUAGGUCCCUGCUGAGGUACCACACAAAAACUGUCUUCUUCCAGAGGCUGGGACACAAUAUAUUUGGCCUCUACCAGAAAUACCCAGUGAAAUAUCGAGCAGGAAAGUGUUGGACUGAUAAUGGCCCUGCCAUACCUGUUGUCUAUGAUUUUGGUGAUGCUCUGAAGACGGCAUCUUAUUACUCACCCUAUGGCCACAAGGAACUCACCACAGGAUUUGUCCAGUUCAGAGUAUUUAAUAAUGAGAGAGCAGUGAACGCCUUGUGUGCUGGAAUGAAGGUCACUGGGUGUAACACUGAAGCACACUGCAUUGGUGGAGGAGGAUACUUCCCACAGGGCAGUCCUUUGCAGUGCGGGGACUGCACUGCCUUUGACUGGAAAGGCUGUGGAACUCACAGGAGAUGGAGCAGUAGCCGGGAGAUAACUGAGGCAGCUGUGCUUUUGUUCUAUCGCCAACACCUUCUUGCUAUAGGUCCCAGCAUUCUUCUCACAACUACCCGGACUCAGUGA